UGUACUUAAUUAGUUGUUUAAUGUGCAAUACUUGCUUGAGUUUGGGUAUACGGAAAUGUCUUUAAAUAAUUAUCUCAAAUUACAAUACCUACCUGCAUUUUCCUGUUGUUGGUUUAUUUUAGCUUUCAGCACAACGUACCUUAUAUCGGUCUAUCAUGAGCACGUCUAUCCCAUUCUCCCGUACAUAAGUGAAACUGGAUCAAGUCCGCCUGAAAGUUGCAUCUUCGGACAAAUGGUAAAUUUCGGCGCGGUUCUACUGGGAGUAAUCAUGUACAUCAGAUACCGUCAAGUGGAUUUCGUCUUAACCGCUGGAAGUAUAGCAUUAAAAAGAACGUGGAAUGAAAUGUCGUUCUGGUGUGGAAACCUCAUUUGUUUUGGGGUAACUCUGGUGGGCAAUUUUCAGCAGACCAAUGCGUCUUGGAUGCACUUUGGUGGUGCAUUUCUAACAUUUGGUGGAACUGCGGUGCUUUUUAUUAUACAGACUCGAAUUGGAUUCGCGCUAAGACGAUUUUACAUCAGGUUUCCAAGAUAUGGGGUAGGAAAUAAAAUGAUGUACUUCAGAGUAUUUUUAACGAUAUUCUAUAACACAUUAUUUAUAAUGAUGUGUGUCUGUGCCGUUAUUUCGGUAGACCACUUCACAGGACUAGAUUACAAAUUGUGGACUAAUGAACACGGAGGAUAUUCCAUCCAUCUUGCAUCCACACUCUCUGAAUGGCUUUUGGUUUUAGUAUUAAUGCUGUAUGUACUUACAGUUUCAAAAGAAUUUAAAUCUCUAGAAUAUCAAGAAAUUAAAUUCUUAAAUAAGAAUGUUGAUAGAAAUUGUAUUGAAUGUUGUUAAUUUAUACCAGUUUGUAUAGUACCUAUAAUUUAUGUACCUAGUUCAAUA